AUGUCAAAUACUUUCUCUAUAUUGGUAAUUGGAGAAACUGGGUCUGGUAAAUCAACAUUGAUCAAUACCAUAACAAAUUAUUUUUUGGGUGGAAAAAUUCCAGACAAUAUCAAAGUUGCAAUUAAAACCAAGUUUUUUGAUGCCACAGAAAAUUUCAAAUCAAAUGAAAAUGAUUCUCAUGACAGAACAAAGAGUCAAACUGAUAGUUGUAAUACCUAUUCUUUUAAAAAAGAUUCAAAAACUUUUGUUUUCAUUGAUACACCAGGUUUAUCUGAUACACGUGGUGUUGAACAAGAUGACAUAAACAUUGGUAAAAUAAUUGACUCUGCCGAAAAUUGUUUAAAUCUAUCAGCAGUUUUAAUUGUUAUCAAUGGCUCCGUUCCAAGAAUGACUAUUAACCUUCAAAAUGUUAUUACUAGACUUCGUGGAUCUAUUCCUGAUUCAUUAUUAAAUAAUAUUUUCCUUGUAUUUACAAAUUGUUAUAAAUUUGAAAGAAACUUUGUUAUAGAAUCUUUGGAAAUUGAAGUAAAUACCGAUAACAUUUUUCAUAUGAACAACAAUGCAUUCAGUUCAGAUAAAAGACUUUGGGACGAAGAUUCAAUUGAUGCUUUAAAAAAAGAAUUUGAACGUUCUUUUAUUACCACUGAAAGACUUUUAGAAACUGUAUCCAAACUAUCAUCUGUCUCCACUAAACAUUUUGGGGAAAUGAAAAAACAUAGAAUGAUUAUAAAAUCUACUCUACAUAAAGCAAAAGUAGAUAUUGGUAAUCUUCAAAUGCUUCAAGAUUCACUAGCUUCUUAUCAAGCCCAAUUGAAAAAAGCAAACAAUGAUGUCGAGUCAUUUAAAAACUAUACAAAAAAAACAACAGUUGCAACUUAUGAAUUAAAAGAUGCUCAUUAUCAUAGUACAAUUUGUAGUACAUGUAAUCAUGUUUGUCAUGACAAUUGUCGUUUAUCAGAAAUUUCUACAAUGGGUGACAAUGCCUUUCUUGGUUGUUAUGCAAUGUCUGGAUGUAAUAAUUGUGGUAUUUGCCCAAGCAAAUGUUCUUAUACUGUUCAUUAUCAUGAUAAAAAAACAAUGGUGAGCGUUGAAAAAACUGUAGAAGAAGAGCUAAAAGAUUUGAAGGAUAAAUUUAUGAAAAGUUCACAAUUAUCUACCCAAUAUUCUGGCCAGAUUAGUACACUUUCAGAUGCAAAGAAGUUAGCAGAUGAAACUUUAAAAAAAAUGACCACUGAAAUUGUAUACUCGUGUAAAGAAUUGAAAAAACUAUGUUCUGGUUUUAAUUUAGUUGAUGAACUUCAAAUAACAUUAACUCAAAUGGAAAUGGAGGCAAAAAAUUCAACAUCAUUUGAUGCAAGAAAAUCAGCUGAUGAAAUGAUUAGAGUAAUCAGAGAAAUAUGCAAUACCUUGAACAAAGAAUCAGUGUUAAAAUCAAAAAAGAAAAAUAUUUCAAUUGAUGAAUCAAAAAUUAAAAAGGAUUACAUUAAAAAUAAUAAUUUUGCACAAGAUAAUAUUUGUUCAGAUAGCAAGUUUGGUCCAGAAGGUGCCAAGAUAAAUCCAAAGAAUAUGAAUAACCCAAAGGUUGGUUUCUCCCCUCAAAAGGGCACGAACAUGAAUAUGAACAAAUUUCCACCACAAAUGGGUAUGAGCAUGAACAUGAACAUGAACAAAUAUCCAUCUCAAAUGGGAAUAAACAUGAACAAGAACAAAUAUACACCAAAUAAAAUCAAAAUUGCAACAGGUUCCCAAUAUCAACAACCUCAAAUGCACCAAAUGCAAAAGUCCAAUGGAAUUGAUGUUGCUACUAGAGUACCAUUUAAUAAACAAAAAAAAAAAAACUGUAUUUCAUGUAAAAAAGAUUUUUAUUUGGAUAAUGAAAAAUAUAAAGAAUUAAAAAUCAAACAUGGUAAAAAUAUUCAAUGUACAAUAUGUUUCACAGCCACUGCCCAAAAAAUAUUCCUACCAGACCCAAAUAGUGGUAUUAAACAAAAGAAAAUAAACUGUGUUUCUUGCAAAAAUGAUUUUAUUUUGGAUAAUGAAAAAUAUAAAGAAUUAAAAAUCAAACAUGGUCCAAAUAUUCAAUGUAAAACAUGCUUCACUACCAUGGCCCAAAAAAUAUUCUCACCAGAUAUAAAUAAUAACAAACAAAAGAAAUUAAUCUGUAUUUCUUGCAAAAAUGAUUUUAAUUUGGAUUAUGAAAAAUAUAAAGAAUUAAAAAUCAAACAUGGUAACAAUAUUCAAUGUUCAAUAUGUUUCACAGCCACUGCCCAAAAAAUAUUCCUACCAGACCCAAAUAGUGGUAUUAAACAAAAGAAAUUAAUCUGUAUUUCUUGCAAAAAUAAUUUUAAUUUGGAUAAUGAAAAAUAUAAAGAAUUAAAAAUCAAACAUGGUCCAAAUAUUCAAUGUAAAACAUGUUUCACUACCAUGGCCCAAAAAAUACUUUCACCUGAACAACAAAAAAAAAAAUUCAGCACCCAAAAAUGA